GGAUGUUUCUUAGCCUUGCCUCCAGCAGGAUGCACGAUCUUGGAGGAUGGCUGGUUAGGCGGCUCAGCUGAGAGCAGGCCGUCUCCAGGGGAAGAGCUGUUAGCUCUGGACGAGGCGGGGACGCGGGCGGAGGAGGCGCCGCAGCGGAGCCCCCGGACGCAACCAUGUCGGAGGUGCUGCCCUACGGCGACGAGAAGCUGAGCCCCUACGGCGACGGCGGCGACGUGGGCCAGAUCUUCUCGUGCCGCCUGCAGGACACCAACAACUUCUUCAGCGCCGGGCAGAACAAGCGGCCGCCCAAGCUGGGUCAGAUUGGCCGGAGCAAGCGGGUUGUUAUUGAAGAUGAUAGGAUUGAUGACGUGCUGAAAAAUAUGACAGACAAGGCACCUCCUGGUGUCUAACUCCCCCAAAGACAAUGAGUUAAGGGAGAGAAUAAGAACGGCGAUAAAGAUUAUUGGCAAAAAAAAAAAAAAAAAAAGAGCAUGAAAAGAGAAAGCACUUGGAAAAUUUAUUACUAGCUUGCUACCCACGAUGAAAUCAACAACCUGUAUCUCGCGUCAGGCCGGGAGACAGAUGAGGCGUGAGGAGGAGGAGGAGGACGAGGACGAGGUUCUGGGCUCCUCUGCAAGAAUAAAAAUAAAAAAUAAAUAAAUUAAAAUUAAGAAAUCACUCUAUACACACACAUAUAAAGAAAUUAACAAAAGAAGUCUCAGUUGCAGCUAUUUGUUGAAAUUAAUAUCCAUUUCUUUUUAUAUACAGUGAAUAUUGCGCAAUGAUAGACCUGGAUCUUGAACCACUUAAAUAAUAAAGGCACAACACCAGGGGUUUGGAGGUGUUGGAUUUCUUCGCUGAUUUGGCUGUCCCCAACGUUUACAUUAUUUAAUCUUGCAAAAAUGAUUUUGUGCACUUGGAUGUGAAAUGCUGUCCAGUUCUAUUUUUUAUGUUAUUCUUGGAUGUACAAAAUGAAAUCAGAACAUGAUCUCUAUAGAUAUUGUUUAAUUUUGGUCGUCUUUUGAGGAUAUCAGGAAUGUGUUUAAAAGAAGGAAACUUUGCUAAGGACUGGCACACGGAAGGAUCUUUUUUAUUUUAAAAUGAAUUGUAAAGCUUGUGUUUCUUUGUUGCUGCAAGCUAUUUGCCCAAGUAAAUGCAAAUGGACACAUUUUAUAUGUCAAAAAAAAAAAAACCCAGAAAAAAAAAUGCUUGAGCUUUUUCUAAUCCCCCUG